AUGUCUAGUGGGAUCCGGAACAGGAAAAAUAGGAUUCUUGCAGGGAUUCCUCCGGGAAUUCCUCCAGAAAUUCCCCCAGAGAUUCCUCAAGGUUUUCCCCCAGGGAUUCCUCUCGGAUAUCCCCCAGGGAUUCCUCCAAGAAUUCCUCCAGAAAUUCCCCCAGAGAUUCGUCAAGGUAUUCCCCCAGGGAUUCCUCCAGGAAUUCUCCCAAGGAUACAUUCAGAGAUUUCUCCAAGAACUCCUCCAAAAAUUCUUGCAGGAAUUCCUCCAGAGAUUCCACCAGGAAUUCCUCCAGAGAUAACUCCAGGAAUUCCUCCAGGGAUUUGUCCGGGAAUUCCUCCAAGGAUUCGUCCUGAAGUUCCUCCAGGGAAUCGUCCUGGAGUUCCUCCAGGGAUUCGUCCUGGAGUUCCUCCAGGGAUUCGUCCUGGAGUUCCUCCAGGGAUUCGUCCUGGAGUUCCUCCAGGGAUUCCUCCAGAGAUUCCUCCAGGGAUUCCUCCAGGGAUUCCUCCAGGGAUUCCUCCAGGGAUUCCUCCAGGGAUUCCUCCAGGGAUUCCUCCAGGGAUUCCUCCAGGGAUUCCUCCAGAGAUUCCUCCAGGGAUUCCUCCAGGGAUUCCUCCAGGGAUUCCUCCAGGGAUUCCUCCAGGGAUUCCUCCAGGGAUUCCUCCAGGGAUUCCUCCAGGUAUUCCUCCAGGGAUUUCUCCAGGGAUUUCUCCAGGGAUUCCUCCAGGGAUUCCUCCAGGGAUUCCUCCGGGGAUUCCUCCAGGGAUUCCUCCGGGGAUUCCUCCAGGGAUUCCUCCGGGGAUUCCUCCAGGGAUUCCUCCGGGGAUUCCUCCAGGGAUUCCUCCGGGGAUUCCUCCAGGGAUUCCUCCGGGGAUUCCUCCAGGGAUUCCUCCGGGGAUUCCUCCAGGGAUUCCUCCGGGGAUUCCUCCAGGGAUUCCUCCGGGGAUUCCUCCAGGGAUUCCUCCGGGGAUUCCUCCGGGGAUUCCUCCAGGGAUUCCUCCGGGGAUUCCUCCAGGGAUUCCUCCGGGGAUUCCUCCAGGGAUUCCUCCGGGGAUUCCUCCAGGGAUUCCUCCGGGGAUUCCUCCAGGGAUUCCUCCGGGGAUUCCUCCAGGGAUUCCUCCGGGGAUUCCUCCAGGGAUUCCUCCGGGGAUUCCUCCAGGGAUUCCUCCGGGGAUUCCUCCAGGGAUUCCUCCGGGGAUUCCUCCAGGGAUUCCUCCGGGGAUUCCUCCAGGGAUUCCUCCGGGGAUUCCUCCAGGGAUUCCUCCGGGGAUUCCUCCAGGGAUUCCUCCGGGGAUUCCUCCAGGGAUUCCUCCGGGGAUUCCUCCAGGGAUUCCUCCGGGGAUUCCUCCAGGGAUUCCUCCGGGGAUUCCUCCAGGGAUUCCUCCGGGGAUUCCUCCAGGGAUUCCUCCGGGGAUUCCUCCAGGGAUUCCUCCGGGGAUUCCUCCAGGGAUUCCUCCGGGGAUUCCUCCAGGGAUUCCUCCGGGGAUUCCUCCAGGGAUUCCUCCGGGGAUUCCUCCAGGGAUUCCUCCGGGGAUUCCUCCAGGGAUUCCUCCGGGGAUUCCUCCAGGGAUUCCUCCGGGGAUUCCUCCGGGGAUUCCUCCAGGGAUUCCUCCGGGGAUUCCUCCAGGGAUUCCUCCGGGGAUUCCUCCAGGGAUUCCUCCGGGGAUUCCUCCAGGGAUUCCUCCGGGGAUUCCUCCAGGGAUUCCUCCGGGGAUUCCUCCAGGGAUUCCUCCGGGGAUUCCUCCAGGGAUUCCUCCGGGGAUUCCUCCAGGGAUUCCUCCAGGGAUUCCUCCAGGGAUUCCUCCAGGGAUUCCUCCAGGGAUUCCUCCAGGGAUUCCUCCAGGGAUUCCUCCAGGGAUUCCUCCAGGGAUUCCUCCAGGGAUUCCUCCAGGGAUUCCUCCAGGGAUUCCUCCAGGGAUUCCUCCAGGGAUUCCUCCAGGGAUUCCUCCAGGGAUUCCUCCAGGGAUUCCUCCAGGGAUUCCUCCAGGGAUUCCUCCAGGGAUUCCUCCAGGGAUUCCUCCAGGGAUUCCUCCAGGGAUUCCUCCAGGGAUUCCUCCAGGGAUUCCUCCAGGGAUUCCUCCAGGGAUUCCUCCAGGGAUUCCUCCAGGGAUUCCUCCAGGGAUUCCUCCAGGGAUUCCUCCAGGGAUUCCUCCAGGGAUUCCUCCAGGGAUUCCUCCAGGGAUUCCUCCAGGGAUUCCUCCAGGGAUUCCUCCAGGGAUUCCUCCAGGGAUUCCUCCAGGGAUUCCUCCAGGGAUUCCUCCAGGGAUUCCUCCAGGGAUUCCUCCAGGGAUUCCUCCAGGAAUUCCUCCAGGGAUUCCUCCAGGAAUUCCUCCAGGGAUUCCUCCAGGAAUUCCUCCAGGGAUUCCUCCAGGAAUUCCUCCAGGGAUUCCUCCAGGAAUUCCUCCAGGGAUUCCUCCAGAAAUUCCUCCAGGG